GCGGUGUGCAUAAACUACACAUACUAGAAUGUUCUACUGUGUAGUAGAAAUCAGAGUUCAGUCUGGAAAUGUGUGAAGGACAUCAUUCAUGAAGCACUGAAUUCCACACGCUGCCUCGGCGACUCUUUGGAACGCAGGUGACCUUGGCCAUGUGCAACUAUGUAGCUCUAACAUGAUUCUUUAAUGUUGCAUGAAGUGUGGAGUUACUUUGUGGCAGGCCACCUUGGUUUAAGCUGCAUCAUCAGAGCUAUCACACAUAAACAAACAGAGGGGGCGGGACGAGCAAACUAGCUUUAGCCUUCGGUAAAGAAAAGCAUUCUUUGCCAGCUGACAUCGAUCUAUAUUUCAUAAGUUUGAUUUAUAGGAGCGUCUAACAGACCUUGAUUAGUCCUCUGCUCUGCAGGUGACGUGAGGAUGCAUCACCCCAGCCCAGCGAGGGAGCUCGGCUUCAUCCCCUCCCCCUUCCCCCCCUACCACCACAUCAGUAUUCCCGACAUGACGGCCUCAAAAGACCCCUCUGGUGUCGCAUGUCACUACCCAGUAACAGACUCCAGGCCAAAUAUGAGCUGGGAGAGGCGGCGUUUGAGGAAACACCGGAGGAGAGUGGAUGAUGAUGCUAGCAGCCCUAAGAGAAGACGGCUGUCAGGAGCAGAUGAGUCUGUAGAGGAAGACCUCAGCACAGCACAAAGCAGCAGUCUCCAUCUCUGGUCCCAGCACUGCUCUCCAACAGCAGGAGCAGCAACAGCUGACACCUCUGUGGACCCCUCCACCAACUCCAUGCCCAUGCCCACCCCCACCACGGCUUUCCGUCUGUCCGACCUGGGGAGCCCUCAUGUGGGCCUGCCUGUCCCCAGGGCCCCUUCUCCACUCCCACUGGAUGCUGCGCCAGAAUCAGACGCAGAUGGGUCCUGCAUGGAGGUGGAAGCAGCGCAGAGGAGACUGCAGGAGAUUGAGAACAGGAUAACGCUGGAGGAUGAUGAGGAGGACCUGGAGGUCGAGGCGAGCCACAGCCACAGGCAGCCGGUGCUGGUGCUGUCCGACAGCCUGAGGGAGGGGCUGCAGAGGGGCAUUGGGGACAUCCUGCCCCACAACGUCGCCCAGUCCGUGAGCCAGUCUUGCAUGCAGCUGGUGGUAUGGCGCCCCCCAGAGGAUGCUUUGUCUCGGCGGCUUAAAGACUCUCUCCAGCGGCAGCAACGUAAGCAGCAUCAUCAUCAGCAGCAGUUUGCUGCCACUAGCAGCAGCAGCAUCAGACAAUCCAACAGCAACAGCAGCAGUGGGAGUAGUGGCUCUGGUAUUGGGGCGACUACCACCUGUACCCCACCCACACCCCCUCCACAGGUGCUCCUCCGAGAGCUCACCCAGGGCCCCCUCAGCUCAGCGUACACCCAGCCAGAGGCACAGGCAGCUGGAGAGGAGGACAUGGAGCUGUAGGAGCACCACCAGGGACAGACAGCCUCCCUCCCCACCACCUGCCAUUUUGUAUGUAUUGACAUUGUGCGUGGCACCACCGGGGGCCCUUAUCUCAACGUACAUCCCGCCAGACACAUAGGUAGCCGGGGAGGAAGACAUGAAUCUGUAGGGUCACCUCACCACCAGAGACCACUGGCCUCCCUUUCUCCUUCCUUCCCACCAUUUUAUGUGUCUUGGCAUGUGGUGUACGGUGAUACUACACCACCCUUUUGUGGGCCACAUAUGAUAUGCUGGACUUAAAAAAAACAGACGAGAUGACAGAUAGAUUGUCUGUGUGUCUGCCUGCAGGAGUGUUGGCUGUUUGUGUGCACAAAUGACAUGUACAAUGAAUUGCCAAAAAACAAAACAAGAAAGAAACACCAUUUGUUUACUUGUUUUUUGGUUUUGAAUUGCACUAUGGUUGGAUGAUGAUGACGAUGAUGAUGAUUGUGCCGAUGUCAUGUCAGUGUCAAAUUGUGUUUGGAGGAGAAACCAAGUUGUUCAGCCUGGGGACCACUGCGAAGGACUAUCAGUGUCUGCGGAGAGUAAAUUGCCAUGUACUGCUUUGAAUUGUUCUUUUGUUAUGUUUUGUUCCUCAGUGUAAGUACAGUUCACAGUAGUACUAAUGAAAGUGAAGUAUGUUUUUUGUCACCAGUUAAAACAUUCUUCUUCAGCCAAUGUACAAUUAGUUAUUUACAGUAUACAGUGUCUCUUUGCAUUUUCUGUUGAGUUAGUUAACUUCCCUCUCAAAGCUGCGACGCGACCUGCUGGUACCUAUGAGCAUAUACUACAAACCUGAUGCAGUCGUAAACCUGGUUAUACAAGAGCCCAGCACUUUAUAUUCCAAUCCACACAGAUGCUAAUAGUCUCCUGUUCUACCAGAUUUAUGGCCAUCUCUGGACUAGAUUUACUCAAGGGCCAUGACAGAAAUGUGCUUGUUCAUUUUAGUGUCCUUUACAUAGAGCACAAGAUGCAUCGUUUUGUUUCUUAUUUGUACAUAGUAUGCUAUGUGCACUAUGAAUAGGUAAACAGUUAAGAGUUAAGGCAUUUAGUGCUGGUUUGUCAGGUCAGGUAACUAUGUAGUGCAACCCAUUACUCUAUUCAAACACCCAUCUAUUGCCUUUGUAAUUGAUUUAACAUAGACACAAUAUUACUUUGCCCUUCUCCAAAUACUCUUCAAUUCAAUAAUAUACCGGUUUUAUUACCCUCAGCUGAAUGUACUAAAAUGACAUAAGCACGGCUGUUCCUUCUGCCUUAUUUGCAUGUCUUGUUUUUUGCUGUUGUUGUGCUUUGUUUUCUACAGCAAGCCUUCAAAAACGGCAUUGUGUCUCAAUUUUAUUGGGAUUGCAUUUUAUAUGUUUGAGAUCAUUGCUUCAAAUAUUUAGUGCAGAAAGUCUUUUAACAUUUGUAUGUUUUCUUGGAAUAAAAUACAGACUCAUACAGUGCAA